GCCGGUGGCGGCCGUGGGGCCGUCGGUGCGGCUGAGUCGGAGCGGCGGCGGCCGGGGCGGCCGCGGGAGCGGGCUCCGGUGCGGGAGUGAUCCUCUGUCAGUGAACCCCGGAGAGGGACUGGACCCGACGCCGUAGUUGGGACAUCAUGGCAGCCCAUCAGGAGAAAAAACUUGCUGAAGAAAGAAAACACCAAAACAUGCAAAAUGAUACUAAAACAUCUCAAGGCCAGUGGGGAAGAGCAUGGGAGGUGGACUGGUUUUCCUUGGCAAGCAUCCUUUUCCUGCUCAUGUUUGCACCAUUGAUAGUGUAUUACUUCAUCAUGUCCUGUGCCCAGUACCAGUGCUCUCUGACUGAUCCACUCCUGGACUUGCUGAAGGGGGAUAAGCAUCUGUCUGACAUCUGGAACAGGACUCCCAGGCUGACCUAUAGGGCUGCUGGCAUUUAUUCCCUUUGGGUUACUUUCCAGGUGGUUUUGUAUCUGUCCAUUCCUGAUUUCUGCCAUAAAUUUCUCCCUGGCUAUGUGGGAGGUGUACAAGAAGGUGCUGUCACCCCUGCAGGUGUCGUGAAUAAAUAUGAAAUCAAUGGACUUCAGGCCUGGAUCAUUACCCAUGUACUUUGGUUUGCAAAUGCUUCUUGCUUCCAUUUCUUCUCACCUACCAUCAUUUUUGACAACUGGAUUCCUCUCCUGUGGUGUGCCAAUAUCUUGGGAUAUACAGUGUCCACAUUUGCAAUGAUUAAAGGCUACUUUUUCCCUACCAAUGCCAAAGACUGCAAAUUCACUGGAAACUUCUUUUAUGACUACAUGAUGGGGAUUGAAUUUAACCCUCGAAUAGGGAAGUGGUUUGAUUUCAAGUUGUUCUUCAAUGGGCGCCCUGGUAUUGUGGCCUGGACUCUAAUCAACCUUUCCUUUGCUGCCAAACAACAGGAGCUGUACGGUGAAGUGACAAACUCCAUGAUCCUUGUCAAUGUCCUCCAGGGUAUUUAUGUUCUGGACUUCUUUUGGAAUGAAGCCUGGUACUUGAAAACCAUUGAUAUCUGUCAUGAUCAUUUUGGAUGGUAUUUGGGCUGGGGAGACUGUGUUUGGUUGCCUUACCUCUAUACUUUGCAGGGUCUGUAUCUGGUUUACUAUCCUGUCCAGCUGGGCACAGCUCACGCCGUAGGGGUCUUGAUGCUGGGCUUGCUGGGUUAUUAUAUCUUCAGAAUGACCAAUCACCAGAAGGACCUCUUCCGUCGCACCAAUGGCAACUGCAGGAUCUGGGGGAAGAAGCCUGAGUACAUCGAGUGCUCCUACAUGUCCGUGGAUGGGACCAAGUACUACAGCAAGCUGAUGACCUCCGGAUUUUGGGGCUGGGCACGUCAUUUCAACUACACUGGAGACCUGAUGGGCUCACUGGCCUAUUGCCUCGCUUGUGGCUUUGAGCACAUUCUGCCUUAUUUCUAUAUUAUUUACAUGACCAUUCUGCUCACCCACCGCUGCAUUAGGGAUGAGCACCGUUGUAGCAGCAAGUAUGGGAAGGACUGGAAGCAUUACACUGCUGCAGUGCCCUACCGGCUCCUACCCGGAAUAUUUUAAGGCUAACACAGGAUGCAGGGGAAAUAAAAAAGAAGAAACAUGCAGGCAUGCCAUGUUUAAAGUAACUGAAGUGAGGCACUGAACUGCCCCAUUUUUUUAGAAGACUCUUAAUUGGAAUAUCCCUCUGAAUCUCCCCAUUUCCUAAUUAACUUAGAGCUUAAGAAAAGAUGCAUGUAUUGAGACUCCUGAGAAAUCCCAAAGCUGGGAGGUGGCCUUACCCUUGAUCUGGAAGCAGUUUGCAGUGCUUCAGGAGAGAAAAAAAAGAGUUCUGUCAUCUGUUUAGGAAAGAAGUUUUCUGAUGCAGUUUCUUGUGACCAUCAGAACCUACAACUGAGAACAACGGCAAAGGAGAUUUGAUUGUUGGUUGCUUGUCAAGAAAUCAAUGGUGGAAAUACUGGACUGCAGAAGCUGGUCUGAAAUAACUGUAAUGAUCUAAAACAAAAGUGAAAACUGUUAUAAAUUAGUGCCAUUUUCAGCACCUGACAACAUGGAACAUGACCAACUGGGUUUUAUUUUGAUACUGAAACCAGACUUUGUGAAGCUACUGAGCUGAGCUAAUGCAUCUGAGGUGGUUAUUUGUUUUCAUAGUAGCUGGUAUGGGCUUUGGAUUUAAGGUGAGACAGUGUUGCAAACCCAGGUAUGUUUUCACUAUUGCUGAGCAUUGUUUUCACAGCAUCAAGGCCUUUGCUGCAUCUCACCCUACUCACCAGGGACUGGGCUGGGUGAGCACAAGGAGUUGAGGGGACACUGCUUACCCCAAGGGACCCAAGGAAUAUCCCAGGCCAUAUGGCAUCAUGCUCAGCACAUAAAGCUGGAGGAAGAAGGGAGGGAUGUCAGGAGUGAUGGUAUUUGUCACCAUUCCAAGUUACCAUUAACAUGUGGUGGAGCCCUGCUUUCCUGGAGAUGGCUGAACAUCUGCCUGCAGUUGGCAGGUGAGGCAUAGACUCCUUACUUUGCUUUGUUUGCUUGCAUAGUUUUUCCUUUACCUAAUAAAGUGUGUUUAUCUCAACCCCUGAGUUUUAUCCUCUUCCUGAUUCCCUCCCCCAUCCCACUCUGGGGGAGUGAGCAAGCAGCUGUGUGGGGCUGAGUUGCCAGCUGGGUUUAAACCAUGGCAGUCCUUUUUGGUGCCUGACAUGGGACUUGAAGGGUUUGAGCUAACAGCAGCUUUGGCUGGAAUGUGCUGGGUUGGAUUUAUAGCUGUUGGUGCUGUUGAGUUGUCAGGCUCCUGUGCUUGCCAUGGAGCUCAUUAGGGGUUUCAUUUUGAUUUUGCUGCUGUCUGUAGUGCUUCUCCUCUUCCUGUGCUGGGGACACUUGGAUGACAUCCAUGGUGACACACCUGGGCUGGCAGGUGGCCAGGGCAGCGCUGCUGUUUCUGUGCUGCUGGAACUCCAGUGUGAGCUGGAGUCGAGGGAGCUGUGACCUGUGGAUGAUUCCAGGGGGGAGCAGGACAUCCCCAGGCAUCAGUGGCUGGGAAUAAACCCACAGCAGAGCAGGAACCUCUCAGAGUAUCUGGCCGUGGUUAUGUCUGUGCCCAAGAAAGGAUUGUGGCCCUAGGAUAAACCUGAAGCCUCUGUGGCUGUGGAUAAGGCCGUGCUCAGCAGGUACUCCUCGAAACAUCAGUGCCUGUGCAUGGGGUCGUGCUGGAGCACCUCAGAGCCGUGGCCAUGGAUAAACCCCUGGCAGAGCAGUUACAGCCUUGGAGGUACUGCAGCCAUGGCUAAGGCCACAUCCACUUCUUUAGUGUGGAUGGAAAACUUCAUUCCCUAUCACUUGUGUAAAAUCAUGUUUGUAAAAAUUUAAGGUUAUAAAUUUUUAGUUUCAGGGCAAAUAAAAUACUGCUAAUUUUCCUUCAGCUAUUUCUUUUCUUGUUAAACGGUUAUCUUUCAGAGUGACUAAAGGAUACAAAAGGAGCUCUUGAAAGAGCUUAAUUUCAAGAGCUCCUUAGAAUUCUAUUUUCCAAGGUGAAACAAAUAAAAAGAGGGAUUAUAGGAUGAACUAUGCAGUUUGUAACAAGCUUGGUAGUUAUGUUCAAGCUAAAAGAUUUUUUUUUUAUUUUUAAUUAUAGCACCUAAAAUACUGUUAGUUUUUAUAGUAGUAGAAAAGUGUGUGAACUGAAAAGUGUUUUGUAGAAGCAGCUGAAUGCACUGAUCUUCGUAGCAGGUUUGGAUGAGUUGUGUUGGUGGGUGUUUAGGUUUUCUUGCAGUUGUCCUGGAGGGGCUGGUCUGGGCAGGAGAAAAAGGCUCCCUGCAAACCUAGAAAACAAAUGUAUCUUGUAGCUGGGCUUUGUUCCAGAGCUGGAUCUACACACAUCCUUUUCUUACGUAGUCUUGGAAAUUGCAGUGCUCCUUUGCUGUUAAUGCCAAGGUUAUUUAAAUAUUGCAAGAUAAUCUGGAGUCUUAAAUCAUGGUAGACUUGCACAGCACAGUGUGGUCACUUCUGUUCCCUGAGAAAUCUUGGAUGUUUUGUGGAAGAAAUUUCCCCCUCAAGACCAAUAAAAAAAACCUUUUUAGUCUGUUUUGUAAGCUUCAUGCUAACAAAUACUGUGGAAGUAGUGCUCCAAGCAGUGUCCCACUAAUGUCACCCUUGAAAACUGAAAUAGGAAGGACUAUCAGCUUGCUCAUCUUCAUGCCUGGGUCACUUUGUUGUAUGCAGGGCAGUGCUGUUAAAUUUGUUUCUUGUAGAAUACAAAAAAAAAAAAAAAAUUGGAGGCUUUUUUGGGGUGUAUAUCAGAUUAACUUUUGUCAUGAUAUUUCCUAUUAAUUGAUAAUCUGUGGUCAUUAUCACCUACCAAGUUUGAAGAUCACCUAUCAAAUCUCUGUAGUAUGCUGGGAAUUUGAAAUAUAAAAGUGUCAGUAUUUGCAAAAUGGUACUUAUUUAACUUGUGUUAAAUAAAACAUAAUGGGAAAAAACAGCAAAAUCUGGUAAUUACUUGGAGCAGUUAACAAAGUAGUUCGGUUGGAUUAUUGUAGGAAGAAAAGUUACAAAUGCUUACUUGAAGAGGGCACAAGAUACAUCCCAGUGUUAUAGUGUAUAACUUUUAUGGAUUGUCAGCAUUCAGUUUA